AUGGCGCAAGGACUGGAUGGAAUCUUUGCAGAGCUAGGCAUCUCGCAGUACCUAGACAUCUUUCUCGAGCAAGGAUUCGAUACGUGGGAGACGAUUUUGGACAUUACUGAGUCUGACCUCGACGCACUUGGAGUCAAGUUAGGACACCGACGUAAAUUGCAGAGACGCAUCGCCAACUCUCGUGGCCUUGCCCCGGAUGCAUCACUAGUUUCGCCCACAAGAGCAAGCGCAGAAGAGCCAAAGCCCGAGACACAACGACCUGAUCAACCCCGCCUCGAGGUCAAGGAGGGACCCGUUGCCACGAAACGAAAGUAUAGGCGUCACCCCAAGCCUGAUGAAAAUGCCCCUGAGAGACCUCCUUCGGCCUAUGUCCUUUUUUCAAACAAGAUGCGUGAUGACCUCAAAGGUCGGAACUUGACAUUUACCGAGAUAGCCAAGCUUGUGGGAGAGCACUGGCAAAACUUAACUCCCGGCGAGAAGGAGCCAUACGAAACUUCCGCAUUGAAAGCCAAGGAGAAAUACAACCACGACUUGGCUGAGUAUAAGAAGACGACAGAGUAUAGGAAAUACAACCUGUACUUACAAGAUUUCAAGGCACGGCAAGCCUCCGCAAAUCAAGCAAAAGAGUCGUCGAAACGUCAGAAGCUUGAUUCGGGGGUUCGUCUGCAAAACGGAGGAAGCGCAAGUGCCACACCUGGGAGUCUCAGUAGCACGGGGAGUGGUACAGAGUCUCACCAGGGAAGCGAACCUCCUCCUAAUCGCAAACAGCGUGUGGGUUCUGUGGUGUCGGUAUCUGAAUCGCAAUACUCGACGGCCGUGCCGACCCCAAUUUCCCAUCAUCAUCAUCCCCCCAAUGAUGAUUCGGUACACUCUCCUGCCAGUGUACAAUUCGAUCGUGAGAGCUUGCACUCCACAAGUCCCCGUACCUCGCAGACUCGGAACCACCGCCCAACAUGGACGGAAGCCCCAGCAAAAACGGAGCCAGUCACACUUCCGCAUCUUCCUUCCCUCUCGGAUGUGUUCAACAAUGGACGAGGACUGAACGGGGUUUCAAGGUCUCCUGAGGCAAAUGGCUUUGGGGGCUUCGCGCCUCCGACACACCCUGGUCCCUCCGCACCGCCAUCAUUGAAGCACGAAUAUUCUUCCGCGGGAAGCAUUUCAUCCUCUGGAUCUGGACUGUCGUAUCCCCGAACACCUAGUGAAUCUUCGCUACCGAUUCACGCCUUAUUAUCGAACAAGACCUUGCCGGGACCUACUUUCGAGUUGCAACCAUCCCCGUUCUCGACGGUGCCGCCUUCCGGACCACAACCGCUCCAGGAUUCAAAGUUGCCCUAUGCAGGGCAGCCUCAAGCUCCGAUGGGAGCGACGAAUGGUUACCAAUCACCACCUGCCUUAUUGAGAUUCCAGUCCACCUCGUCAACGGGGACUGAUGGAUCGAACGUGUCGCAAGCAUCAUCGGGUGCUUCUUCUGCAACGUCGCUCGGGGUUCAAGAGAGGAGCGAUCCGAAGCUCGACGGCAUGAGCGCGUUGGUGCGGGCGGGCGAGAUCGUGAACCGUCGUGUUCAAUAA